AAUAUGAAAUUUUGGUUGAAAAAACCCAAUGUCUUUGGAAAACCCUGUAGAAAUAACUAAAUCACAAAACAAAAUAAUGACGUGCGACCACAAAUGAGGAUUUUCUAAAUUACUUACACAGAAAUACCGAUAGAAACAGCAAUCGAUGAUGUCGUUAGGUUAUCAAUUAACGGUGAAACCAUUAUGAUAUAAAACCUAAUAGCUGACAACGAUCUACCAUAGUGAACUGUGUCUUCAACAUGAAAGGAAUACAGUUGGUUGUGGUGUUAGGAGCUGUGGCCCUCUCUUAUGGCUACCCAACAAACGACCAAGGGAAGAACCUGAUCACUGGAGUGUUCAUCCCAUCUGAUGCCUUCAAGAAUCUGCAGGACAGAGCUAAUGCCAAUUCGCCGAACAAUGGCCAACAGGUCCAAGGAACAGUGCAAAAUCAGCAACCGAACUAUCAGCCGGUGACCAACGGUGUCCAACAGCCAACUUACCAGCCAAUCAACACCAAUGCUGUCCAACAGCCCACCUACCAGCCAGUCAACACAAAUCAGCCGCAGUACCAGCAGUAUCAGCCACAACCCGUAAUGACGAACCAGCCCCCCACCCUAAACCAGCAACCCAUUCAAAAUCAGCAACCUAGCAUAAAUAACCCUCAAAUGGUGAUGCAGCCGCCGCGUUUGAACAACCAACCGGUGCUGACGAACCAACCGAACAUGAACCAGCCAGCUCCUAAUGUGCAGCCGAUGUCGAACCAACCUAAUGUAAUAUACACCCAACAGCCGUUAACAGCAAAUCGUGACCCGAAUCAGCAGAUUAUGGUGAUGACAAAUCAGCCGAAUGGGCAGUCUAACCAGCCUAUUGUGUUGGUCCAACAACCGUCUAACCAGCCGAUGUAUGUUCAGCAACCUAACCAGCCGCAGCAGGUUAUCAUAGCCACAAACCCCUCUAAUGGGAAUCAGAUUCAAGGAACUUUGGUCCAGUCGCCCAAUCAGAACCAGCCUGGCUCCACUGUGUACACGCUUAUACCACUGAAUGGACAGAGUAAUAUCAACAGCAAUUCUGGUGGCUCUUACCUAAUUCCUGUUCAAUCUGGUAACUCCAACCCGAUUAUAUUGAGCACCGGUAAAUAAACUUGAAUUGGGAAAUUGAAACUAUGUUUUGUGAAAUAAUUCCUGGAAAUAAAAGGCUAGUCUGUUAAA